CUGUCAAAAAAGUGAAAACCAAAAUAUUGCAAUCCGUGCAAAUUUCCUUGCAAAAUUACCGUGACUAUCGACCACAAUUUUCGCAUAACCGUGACCAUCUACAGACCCAGCUUUCCCUAUUUGAGUAUCGAAUUGUUGAAUCUAACGUGGCAAUGUCCUCACAUCGGAGCUGCAUCCGCGUCGAGUGGGUCGGGUGAAAUUGCAAUGAAUGGUGACUGACUUCCCGCUGCUGGUGUGGAAGUCAACCGUGAAGGAGAGCAAGGAGAGAUUAGAUUAGAUCACAACGACGACUAAACGCGAGAGCAGCGCAGGAAGAAACAUGCUGGAGCCGAAAAGUGAUACCCAGCGUGAGCUGGAUCGAAAUCUGGGCAAUGAAGUGGUCCCGAAAACCAAUGACAGCAAUUCCACGACGACGACCACAACGGUGGAAGCGACUGCCAGGCUGAAGCACCUGGAGGGAGAGCUCAAGCGAGUGCGGGACGAAUUCAACCAGCAGCGAGCCAAAAUGAAGGAAUUGUAUCUGGCGAAGGAGGCGGAGUGCAAGCGGUUUGCCAAGGAGGUGGCCGCCUGUCGGAAAGAGUUGGACGAAGCAAAGGCUCAGCUGAUGGUGAUGGAGUACAGCAAGGAGCAGGAUUUGGAGGACCAGAAUCGACGCGCCCAGGAGGAGAUCCAAACGCUGCAGCAGCUGGUUCAGGAAACGGUAGACGAGUCCGCGAUCAGUCAGGCCGAGGUGCGUCGGCUGGGGGAGGAAAACGAUCGGAUGAGGACGGAGCAGCAGGAGCUGAAGGAUGCGCUUGCCGCUGCCCAGCAGGAUUCGCCCGGUUUGGCACCGGUUUUGAACCAGGCGAAGAAAAUUAUGCGGAAGCUGGGCGCGGCGGAUGCCAGCAGCAACGAUAAUCUGGAGGACUCGAUGCGGAAGGUAAACAAAUAUGCUCAAGAGGACGCCGAAGUACUGCGAUCGUUGGUAGUCCCUCUGGAGGAAGAAAUUAAAACCCUGAAAGAGAAGCUGCGCCAUGCUUACGAAGAGCUGGAAAAGCACCGCGGCGAGGAUGCGAAGAAACCACCGGAAUCUGCUUUAGUGGGAAUGCUGAAAGAGGCAGCUGGCAAGGAUGCACCCCCAUCGGCAUCCGGGACAGAGCCUCCGCCUUCGGCGGAAGCCUCUGCAGUUCCUUGCGAUAUGUGCUCGAACUAUGAAACCAAACUUGUCCAAUGCCAGGAACAGAUCAACGGCGAGAAGCAGAAGGCGCUCCAGCUGGAGAAGAGCAUCGAGAGGAUGCGGGAGGAACUAUCAAAGGAGGGUGCUAUGCGGGCCGAUUUGGAAGCGCAGUGGCAGCAGAAGAGAGAGGAACAUAAAAGCGAAGUGCAACGACUGAAUGAACAGACGGCGAAGGCGGAACAGGAGCUGGGUAAACUGAGGAAGGGCUACGCCCAGCUCAAGCAAAGUGUGAAUGACGAGCUGCAGAAACUGACGGAGGAGCGAGAGCAGGUGUACCGUCAUCUGGACGUGCUGCAGAAGGACAACGAGUUUCUGUCCGGCAAGUACCUGGAUAACUCGGAGAUGCUAAAGGACCAGGAGAUCAACCUGCCGCAGAACAUUGACGAACUGCACGAGCUGGUGCUGACGCUGCACGAGAAUCUGAUCGUCACGAAGGCGGGCUGUGAGUUUGCCGAGCGGAAGACGCUCAGCAUGCAGGACGAGGUGACGCUCCUCCGGGAUCAGCAACACUCCCGGGAACGGGACCUGCGGCGGAUCGAGCGGGACUAUUCCAACAAAAUCUCCCAGCUGGAGGAACAGUUGAAGCAGCAGUAUCAGCACCAUCAGCGGCUGGCGAUCCACAAGGAAGAUCUGGAGCGGGCCGACGUCGAAAGUAAGCGCCAAAUUUCGGACCUGCGGAUGCAAACCAUCAAUCUGCAGGCCGUCAACGAGAAGCUGGACAAGCAGAGCGCGGACCUCAAGGCGAAGAUGAGUGUCCUUCAGGAGGACCUCGCCAACAACGAAGCCGUCCAGAAGGACUUCGUGAAGCUUUCGCAGUCGCUGCAGAUGCAGCUGGAGAAGAUUCGAUCGGCGGACACGCAAGUCCGCUGGCAGGACGAGGACGAUGUGGACCAGUGUCCGAACUGUCGGAAGGAGUUCACGGUGACCCGGCGGAAGCAACACUGUCGCCACUGCGGUACCAUCUACUGUCAGCCCUGUCUGGGCAAAACGGUACCCUCGGGUCCGAACCGGAGACCGGCGCGGGUUUGCGACGUGUGCCAUACCCUGCUGGUGCAGGACACCGCGCCUUACUUCAGCCGGGAACCACCGCAAUCGCCGUAAGGCGCGCCCCCUGUUUUCUAGUGGUUAGUGGUUUCUGCUGUCUAUAUCAUUCGGUGUAAUUAAUUGGUUGCGACAAUUCGUUAGCGAGUGUUAUGAUGAUUGUGACGGCGGAGAAUGCGUCGAAAUCCAAUGUUUACAAAACGAACGGACGCAUCGAGGUGGAUGGGAGGGAAUAUUAUUCUAUUCGUCGAUUUUUUUAGUAUAAAUUUCCUACGCUUCAUGGUUAUCAAUAAAAACAAUUUAGAGAACGAUUACUAAAUAAGAAAAUGUGUUUUUGUUGUUAAUCGUCCCUCAUUCAAUAUUGUCUCAACGAUAGUUGUUGUUCAGGUAGAAAAAGUCUA